GUUGGCAACGCCAAUACACCACCAGUCAAGAUGGUGGCCCUUUCACUGAAGAUCUGUGUCCGCCAGUGCAAUGUUGUGAAGACCAUGCAGUUUGAGCCCUCCACUCCUGUGUAUGACGCCUGUAGGAUCAUCAGGGAGAGGGUUCCGGAAGCCCAGACUGGCCAAGGUGAGAGAUUGGGGAAAGCUACUGUUAAUGGGUAAUGUCAGAAUGAUUCACUUGCAAAAGGCUCACUUGCACUAAGAAAAAAAUUGAAAUACAAAAACGACACAAUUACUUUGUACUAAAUACACCAAGAGUGUCAUUGUAAUCCAAAUGUCAAACAAGGCAUUAGUGUCUGAUCAUUGGUGUCUGUUUAGCUUCAGAAUGUAUGUAAUGAAUAAAAGCUGUUUAAGCAGGAGAUACAAAUGGAUGUCACCCACAGCAUGGCUUUCUGACUACAGACAGACUGAAAACAGUUUCAAAACCGAACAGUCGAUGCUGGUUCAAUCUGGGUCUGUGGGCGGUAUUCCUCCCUUUGGGAAGGUGUUAGUUAGGCAGGUUGGAGAGGCUCUCUGUGGUGUUAGCUAGGCAUGCUGGAGAGGCUCUUUAAGCUGUGCGCUCUCUUUAGGCUUUAGAACAGAUUUAUAUCAGCUAGAUAUGUCUGAUGGCAGACAUGAUUAACUUUCUUUCCCAACUGAAUGUCAUAACAUGGAUUAUUCAUAUGAAUGUCAAUGAGAUCAGAAAAAGAGGCAUCCUCUGUAUCAUAAACAAUAACUACAUGAGAUGCCGUUAAAUAGCAUUGUCUUGUCAACAUGUGUUCACUUAGUUGGCUUUUGCCAUUUAAACAGUCAAUCGAGCAACUGUUCCCAUUACUAAACGUUACCCUAAUACGUUCUCCGCUGUGUGUUUCAGCUUCUGAUUAUGGCCUGUUUCUCUCUGAUGAUGAUCCCAGAAAAGGAAUCUGGCUGGAGUCUGGGAGAACUCUGGAUUACUAUAUGCUCCGGAACGGGGUAAAGCCCAAUCAUAGAGCCCAGGGCAGAGUCCCAUCAGACAUUCAAUCAAAGGAACUGCAUCUCAUUCCCCUCUUUCCUUGUUUCUCAGGAUGUCUUGGAGUACAAGAAGAAACAGAGGCCCCAGAAGAUCAAGAUGUUGGACGGGGCAGUUAAAACUAUCAUGGUGGAUGACUCUAAAACCGUGGGAGAGCUGCUUGUAACCAUAUGUAGUAGAAUAGGUGGGUAACCUCUCUUCAACUGGAAUCUAUAACAGUCAAACCAUCCACUAGCCUCUCAGAGUACAAGUGCUGAUCUAGGAUCUGUCCAUAUAUUCUUAUUCAUUAAGAUCUAAAAGGCAAAACAGAUCCUAGAUCAAUACUCCUACUCUGAGACCUUUUGUGGAUACGGGCCAUGAUCCUAUUUAUAGCUCACGGUUACUGGCUCCGCCAUACAUUAUGGUUGCACAUCCCUUAGCUUUUAGAACAUGAUAAUUAGCUAUGGUACUGGUAUAGUCAACGUUUUAUAUAGAUAUUUUUGAUGGUGUAAAAAAGCCUUUUUCCCCUAUGUUGAAAUUAUGAGUGGUAAUUGUGAAGCCAUAGACUGUGCUGUCCUCCUGUCAUGUAGGUGUUCCCACAGCCAUAUACUGUAUUUCAAUUACGCUGGGCUGCCUGUGCCCAAACUCAAUUGGGUGAGGAGAAGAAAGACGUCUGGCAAAUCUCUUUAUUGGCUGGUGUUUGUUUAGAAAGGGCUUUCUGCUUGGCUUCUCCUCUUCUGAGUUCCCCCUUUAGUUUUCUGGCUGCUCUCCAGUUUCCCCCACUGGGGCUUCGGAUAUGGCACAGCUCAAAGUGCUGGCUCUGUGCUCUACACUGCUCCCUCUCUGAGAGUUUCCUGGCUGCCUCUCCUCUUCAGGAAUCACCAACUACGAGGAGUACUCUCUGAUCCAGGAGGCGGUGGAGGAGAAGAAGGAGGACGGUCAUGGGUCGGGCACCCUGAAGAAGGACAGGACUCUGCUCCGAGACGAGAGGAAGAUGGAGAAGCUCAAAGCCAAGCUUCACACAGAUGAUGACUGUGAGUUUGAAAAGCACUUCCAAAAGAAGACAAAAUGUGUUGUUUUAUAGUCCAGUAUUACAUGCUUCCAGUCAUCACCUCUACCCCUCUCUCAUUAAGUCCAAUAUCUCACUAUAAUAAGUCCAGGAUCAUCUCAUUUGAACAUGUUUUAUCACUCAACUCAAAGUCAUAGUACUGUAUCAAUGUUUAAUGAAAUGAAGAUUGUUAUCUUACCCCCAAGGAACAGAAAUGACAUUUGGAAAAUAUUCAUAUAAAAAUCAUCCUCAAACCAUCACAAAAUCGAUCCUUAUUCUCAGCAGAACGUUAUGCAAAUUACUGCCCUUGUGGUUUUAGACAAAAACAAAUAAUAAUUUCCUUUUGGCAUUGAGGUCUACCUGUCUUUCUGACUGUUUUAUUUCACUGUCAGCAUGCCCAAUCCCAGUAGUAGAAGUGUAUGCUACUGUGUAUUAUACAUACGUGAGUAUGUGUUUCUCUGUUGCCAGUGAACUGGCUGGACCACAGCCGGACGUUCAGAGAGCAGGGAGUGGAGGAGAGCGAGAUGCUGCUGCUCAGACGCAAGUUCUUCUAUUCAGAUCAGAAUGUGGACUCACGAGACCCUGUCCAGCUCAACCUCCUCUAUGUACAGGUCAGACUUCUCUCUCUCACUGUGCUCAUUGCUGUCCAACAUGUAGUAAACUAAGCUCUUCAAUAUAUUCACAAAAUAAUUGAUUAAAAAACACUGUUUUGCAAUGACGUCUACAGUAGCCUCAACAGCACUCUGUAGGGUAGCACCAUGGUGUAGCCGGAGGACAGCUUGAUUCCGUCCUCCUUUGGGUACAGUGCCUUGCUAAAGUAUUCAUCCCCCUUUGCGUUUUUCCUAUUUUGUUGCAUUACAAUCUGUAAUUUAAAUGGAUUUCUAUUUGGAUUUCAUGUAAUGGACAUACAAAAUAGUCCAAAUUGGUGAAGUGAAAUGAAAAAAAUAACUUGUUUAAAAAAAUUCUAAAACAUAAAUAACGGAAAAGUGGUGCGUACAUAUGUAUUCACCCCCUUCGCUAUGAAGCCCCUAAAUAAGAUCUGGUGGAACCAAUUACCUUCAGAAGUCACAUAAUUAGUUAAAUAAAGUCCACCUGUGUGCAAUCUAAGUGUCACAUGAUCUCAGUGUAUAUAUACACCUGUUCUGAAAGGCCCCAGAGUCUGCAACACCACUAAGGAAGGGGCACCACCAAGCAAGCGGCACCAUGAAGACCAAGGAGCUCUCCAACAGGGCAGGGACAGUUAUGGAGAAGUACAGAUCAGGGUUGGGUUAUACAAAAAUAUCAGAAACUUUGAACAUCCCAUGGAGCACUAUUUUAAAUCCAUUAUUAAAAAAUGGAAAGAAUAUGGCACCACAACAAACCUGCCAAGAGAGGGCCACCCACCAAAACUCACGAACCAGGCAAGGAGGGCAUUAAUCAGAGAGGCAACAAAGACACCAAAGAUACCAAAGAUAUCCCUGAAGGAGCUCCAGAGCUCCACAGCGGAGAUUGGAGGAUCUGUCCAUAGGACCACUUUAAGCCGUACACUCCACAGAGCUGGGCUUUACGGGAGAGUGGCCAGAAAAAAGCCAUUGCUUAAAGAAAAAAAUAAGCAAACACGUUUGGUGUUCGCCAAAAGCCAUGUGGGAGACUCCCCAAACAUAUGAAGAAGGUACUCUGGUCGGAUGAGACUAAAAUUGAGCUUUUUGGCCAUCAAGGAAAACGCUAUGUCUGGCGCAAACCCAAAUUCCUCUCAUCACCCCGAGAACACCAUGGUGGUGGCAGCAUCAUGCUGUGGGGAUGUUUUUCAUCGGCAGGGACUGGGAAACUAUUCAGAAUGAUGGAUGGAGCUAAAUACGGGGAAAUUCUUGAGGGAAACCUGUUUCAGUCUUCCAGACAUUUGAGACUGGGACGGAGGUUCACCUUCCAGCAGGACAACAACCCUAAGCAUACUGCUAAAGCAACACUCGAGUGGUUUAAGGGGAAACAUUUAAAUGUCUUGGAAUGGCCUAGUCAAAGCCCAGACCUCAAUCCAAUUGAGAAGCUGUGGGAUGACUUAAAGAUUGCUGUACACCAGCGGAAUCCAUCCAACUUGAAGGAGCUGGAGCAGUUUUGCCUUGAAGAAUGGGUAAAAAUCCCAGUGGCUAGAUGUGCCAAGUUUAUAGAGACAUACCUCAAGAGACUUGCAGCUGUAAUUGCUACAAAAGGUGGCUUUUUUUGUCUUAUUUGUUUCACAAUAAAAUAAAUUUUGCAUCUUCAAAUUGGUAAGCAUGUUGUGUAAAUCAAAUGAUACAAACCCCCCAAAAAUCCAUUUUAAUUCCAGGUUGUAAGGCAACAAAAUAGGAAAAAUGCCAAGGGGGGUGAAUACUUCAAUACAAAACCUAGGAGGCUUGUGGUUCUCACCCACUUCCAUAGACUUACAAAGUAAUUAUGACGUCCUCCAACCUAUCAGAGCUCUUGCAGCAUUAAUUAACAUGUUGUCCACCCAAUCAAAGGAUCAGAGAAUGAAUCUAGUACUGAAAGCAUAAGCUACAGCUAGCUAGCACUGCAGUGCAUAAAAUGUGGUGAGUAGUUGACUCAAAGAGAGAGGAAGAUAAUAGUUGAACAGUUUUGAACAAAUUAAUUACUUCAAAAAUUAAGAAGCAGUAGAGCUAGCUAUAUUUUCUUGUAUUGCAGCAAAUGCAGCUAGCUAGUUUAGCCUACUCAAACACCCGGCUCAAACAGAGAGUGAUGCUAUGUUAGCUAGUUGGCUAUGGCUAUCCAACACUGGAACUCUUCCAAGUCAAGGUAAGCUUUUGGUUGUAUUAAUUUAUUGCCACCGGCUCUCGCCGGUGUAACUGCUAAACUGCAUGAUUGUAGCAGGUUUACGAACGCGUUAGUCAACAUAGCUACUAGAACUAUGACAUUAAUAUGGUGACAACGAUGUAGGUUAGCGGUUAUAAUAUGAAGGUUUGGCCUGGAAAGAUUUUUUUGCCUGGUCACAGACAGCUGAUGUGUUGUGCACUGAACUCCACAAGCGAACGGAGACAGUGAGAGAAUGAGAGCACGUAGAUGCUUGAAGGAAUUGUACAACGAUCAAAGGGAUCAUGCUAGGUUGUAGCAUCCUAAUGAUGGGUAUAGGGAACAUUUGAGUAUCAUAUAUUAGCCUAACCUAUCGAUGUUACAUUGAGCUGGGUGAAUGGAAUAUGAAUGAUAGUCAUCCAAUAUGCUAUAAUAGGAAUAAGGCCACGCUCAUAAAAAAAAAAAAUUGUCCUUCCUCAUCUUAAACGUCACCGAUGUAUAGUCACUUUACCCCUACCUACAUAUUACCUCAAUUACAUCAAAUAACCCAUACCCUUGCACAUUGACUCGGCACCAGUACCCCUUGUACAGUGGGGAAAAAAAUUAUUUAGUCAGCCACCAAUUGUGCAAGUUCUCCCACUUAAAAAGAUGAGAGAGGCCUGUAAUUUUCAUCAUAGGUACACGUCAACUAUGACAGACAAAUUGAGAAAAAAAAUCCAGAAAAUCACAUUGUAGGAUUUUUAAUGAAUUUAUUAGCAAAUUAUGGUGGAAAGUAAGUAUUUGGUCACCUACAAACAAGCAAGAUUUCUGGCUCUCACAGACCUGUAACUUCUUCUUUAAGAGGCUCCUCUGUCCUCCACUCGUUACCUGUAUUAAUGGCACCUGUUUGAACUUGUUAUCAGUAUAAAAGACACCUGUCCACAACCUCAAACAGUCACACUCCAAACUCCACUAUGGCCAAGACCAAAGAGCUGUCAAAGGACACCAGAAACAAAAUUGUAGACCUGCACCAGGCUGGGAAGACUGAAUCUGCAAUAGGUAAGCAGCUUGGUUUGAAGAAAUCAAAUGUGGGAGCAAUUAUUAGGAAAUGGAAGACAUACAAGACCACUGAUAAUCUCCCUCGAUCUGGGGCUCCACGCAAGAUCUCACCCCGUGGGGUCAAAAUGAUCACAAGAACGGUGAGCAAAAAUCCCAGAACCACACGUGGGGACCUAGUGAAUGACCUGCAGAGAGCUGGGACCAAAGUAACAAAGCCUACCAUCAGUAACACACUACGCCGCCAGGGACUCAAAUCCUGCAGUGCCACACGUGUCCCCCUGCUUAAGCCAGUAAUGUCCAGGCCCGUCUGAAGUUUGCUAGAGUGCAUUUGGAUGAUCCAGAAGAGGAUUGGGAGAAUGUCAUAUGGUCAGAUGAAACCAAAAUAGAACUUUUUGGUAAAAAACUCAACUCGUCGUGUUUGGAGGACAAAGAAUGCUGAGUUGCAUCCAAAGAACACCAUACCUACUGUGAAGCAUGGGGGUGGAAACAUCAUGCUUUGGGGCUGUUUUUCUGCAAAAGGACCAGGACGACUGAUCCGUGUAAAGGAAAGAAUGAAUGGGGCCAUGUAUCGUGAGAUUUUGAGUGAAAACCUCCUUCCAUCAGCAAGGGCAUUGAAGAUGAAACGUGGCUGGGUCUUUCAGCAUGACAAUGAUCCCAAACACACCGCCCGGGCAACGAAGGGGUGGCUUCGUAAGAAGCAUUUCAAGGUCCUGGAGUGGCCUAGCCAGUCUCCAGAUCUCAACCCCAUAGAAAAUCUUUGGAGGGAGUUGAAAGUCCGUGUUGCCCAGCGACAGCCCCAAAACAUCACUGCUCUAGAGGAGAUCUGCAUGGAGGAAUGGGCCAAAAUACCAGCAACAGUGUGUGAAAACCUUGUGAAGACUUACAGAAAACGUUUGACCUGUGUCAUUGCCAACAAAGGGUAUAUAACAAAGUAUUGAGAAACUUUUGUUAUUGACCAAAUACUUAUUUUCCACCAUAAUUUGCAAAUAAAUUCAUAAAAAAUCCUACAAUGUGAUUUUCUGGAUUUUUAUUUCUCAUUUUGUCUGUCAUAGUUGACGUGUACCUAUGAUGAAAAUGACAGGCCUCUCUCAUCUUUUUAAGUGGGAGAACUUGCACAAUUGGUGGCUGACUAAAUACUUUUUUUCCCCACUGUAUAUGUAUGUAUGUAUGUAUGUAUGUAUGUAUGUAUGUAUGUACUGUAUAUAAUUUUUCUUCCACUUUCACAUUACAUAGUAUUUUGUGUAGAUUGUUGACAAAAUAUGACAAUAAAAUCCAUUUGAAUCCCACUUUGUAACACAAUAAAAUUUGAAGAAAUCCAAGUGGUCCGAAAUAUUUUUGCAAGGCAUUGUACAAUAAUACUGUACUGUACAUCCAUAGUUAACUCCCUCCUUGUAAUCCAGGCUGCCUCGGAGCUACAGCCCAUAAAUACAUCUAUAGUUAAGUCUCUCUCUUUCUCCCUAUCCUCCCUUUCACUCUUAAAUCUUCCUCUUGCCCCGACUCCCUCCCUCAUUCUCUGUUUUUGCCUCACGCCCCCUUAAUCCCAUAAACAUCCUGACAUAAUCACACACAUCCACACCCGCUUACUCUGGCACACAUUGCAGUGCAGUGCUCCAUCAUGCACUCCCUUCCUUUACAAACACAAGGCAAUAUCUUUUCACACAAAAACACAAUUCUUCCCUAUAUCUAUUCCUCCCUUUGCUCCUCUUUCAGCUUUCCCUCUCUCUAUUUCUUUUUUUUCACUCGGUCACACACAGUCACACACGCGCAUGCACACACACACACACACACACACACACACGCAGAGAAAGGCUGUGGAUUUCCUGUAGUAGUGGAGAAGAGAUGUGUGUCAGGAGGGGAGUGUCUGGGAAUUAAGGCUGGGGCUGUAUCUGACAGAGACCCCCGCUGUGUGGAGGGGUGGGAGGAUGAGAUCAUGGAAGCUACACAUCAUUAAUAAACAUUGGGGCUCAUCACUAGGAGGCUCUCCCUAAGGAAUGCCAGGGAUGAUAUCAUAAUCUACACACUCACAAAAUUAACCUACUAACUCAGAUUCCUAUGGUAAUGGCUGCAUGGGGAAUGAGGACUGUUCCAUCGUACCAGAAUAUAGACAUUGACAGGAAGCAUAUAUAGUACGGUCAUGUGCUGGAGACGUGUCUGAGGAGAGCACUGCAAACGGCUCUUGGAAGGAGUCAGAGAGUGGAUGUGGGGUCUGGGGUGUGUUCCAGCCUAAGAAUGCUGCUACUCUUCUCGCUCUGUCAGGCCACUUUAAUAUUUUUGGCAAUUUAGAGUCACUGGAGUCUGAGGCAGUGACAUGUGGGGGGACUCUGUGUUCAGCCUGUGUGUGUGUGGCGCUAAAGUGUUUGAGCUCAUUGUUUUUCCAAUUGAUGGGGUUGUGUCACGCUUUUGAUCGUGUGUUCAGUAUCCUGAUUGCUAGAUUAUCAUACAGUAUGCAGUAUAUGUGUAGCCAAUCCAGUCUACAGGCGUUCUAAACCGAAUAUCCCUUGUGUUUUGUUGUCAAACAACGGUUCUCGUUAUUGAUAUGCCAAUUGAUUGAUUGGCUGGUUAGUCAGGUGAAUUACGAUGGUAUUCAUUAAACAAUUUUACCUUUGUCAGCAUUUAUGUUUAUGGCUGUAAUAUUCCGCCCAAGUGAAUGGUUGAACUCUUUAGGGUACAGUACAGUGGGCUGAUUGACAUCAGUGUUACACUCCCAGGCUGAGUCAGGACAUCUGGGCUGUUAUGAAGCUCCUCCUCCAGUACAGUACAACCCUGCUUCUUCUAAAGGGGCUCAGAACUAGUUGUCCCUGAAUGACCUUGUACUGGAGGGCAGAUGGCCCCACCCAUACUGAUCAGCUGAUCAGCACCACUCUAAAGAGGUGUUUGUUGAAGAUUGUCUAGCUGUUUAGCUUGCAGUUGAUGUAAUGAGACAUUAAAAUGAGCUGGGCUGAGUCUGUGCCCUCUGAGGAUUAAAAACACUGAGGAAGGCUUUCUCACUGUCAGUCAGGCAUCUCAGCAUUAGAAGCCAUUAAUCUUGGGAGGGAGGGAGGGAGGGAGGGAAAACACACACACAAGGUACUAAUUUGAAAGAUGUCCAGAAGUACUGGGUUCCUCUCCACACAGAAUCAAUGUAUCACCCUCAACUACCUAAACGGUUUUAGAUAGUGUAGAGUAGACCACGUUUUGAGGUAAUGCUUUAAUGGAUGGAUGAGACAUUGAAAUGUAACAGAUGUCUUAGAUGAUUGGUGCAAAAUGGUACAUUCCAACUAGGCUUUCAUUGAAGUGGAUUGAAAAUAUCAUUCUUGUUGUGGCCAAACGAGACAGGUUGCUACAGUACAUGGCUGCUAUCAGGCAUUAUUGUGGCCUGGGUAGUCUUAAUGUAGACUUUAUUUACGUCCUGUUUAUUGUUUUACAUACACUUUGUGCAUAUUCUAAUAAUAAAAAACUAAUACAGAAUCACUCUAAAGUUGCUCUUUAACAGUUUAUUAAUGACACAUUGUGGAUCAGUCUGCAAUAUUGAUGCAAUAUUCUGAGAAAUUGCCAUAUUUUUUGACAUCUUUGUGAUAAUACUGUACGUCACCAUUGACUGUGAUGAUGAAUGGUUGAGGCUGUUCGAUUUUAUAUGUUAGCUAAUGUCUUGGAUUGCUAUACAAACUAAUCUUGUUUGGUUCCCCUGAGUCCAUUACUCUCAGUAAAGUGUUUGUGUGAUGUCCCUGCUCUUGGUUUACAUUUAUUCACUUAGCAGGCAAUCUUCUCUGAAGCAACUUCCAAAACAGAAAAAGCAGCAUUACUCUCUAGUUUGAACUCAGUAUAAAGUAAAACUUAAUCUGUUCUCUUAUCUCUUCUGUCUCUCUUUCUCUCCUCUAGGCCAGAGAUGACAUACUGAAUGGCUCCCACCCUGUUUCAUUUGAUAAAGCCUGUGAGUUCGCUGGAAUUCAGGCCCAGAUCCAGUUUGGCCCCCACGUCGAACACAAACACAAGCCUGGAUUCCUAGAGUAA